CCCUUAUGAUGAAAAACCAAAGAAACAGAAUCUCAAAGGAUUACAAACAUUUAAGGAAAUAAAUCAACAAUAUAUCUAAACUAAUUAAUGAUUUAUUAUCCCAUACGAAUCAAAAUAUUUAUUGAUACUAGUGCAAAAUGAUGUAUAUUAUAAAUAUAUAAUCUCAUUAAUUUGUUCUUCCCCAAACCCUCCCUAGAAACCAAAAACAAAAAUGUCUUCCAAAUCUGUAAAACUUGCAUUCCUCUGCAUCAUCUUCUCCAUCCAAUCCUUGACCCUAAUCAAAGCAGACGAAGCACUAAUCACAAAAUUAUGCUCUUCAACCUCAUCCCCAAAAGUCUGCACCAAUUGUCUCGAAUCAGACCCGAGUAGUAAAACUGCAAAUGAUGUUGGUUUAGUUGACAUUUCCAUGAUUUGUGCUACAAAAGACAUGGACAUCUUAUACCAGGAUUCAUUCAGGUAUCAAGGUAAUACUACUGAUCCUGCAACAAAAGAGGCUCUUAAUCAGUGUUUAGAUCAAUUUGAGGAUGCUAAAACCAAAGUUAAUCAAAUUUCAGAUACAGUUCAUAGCAGAGAUUUCAAUCUUGCACAACAACUUAGUAAUAAAGUCUCACAACAGGUUAUGAGUUGUAAUCAGUUUUUUCAGGCUAAAGGGGUUCCAAUGCCAGAUGUUGUGGCUAAUGACUUGAGUACUGUUUCUGGUGAUUGGAUUAUUGUUAUGGACAUUUUGGGUUCUCUCAAGUCUUGAUACUUUAUGAACUAGCACUUUUAUGUAGUUUGUAAUUUAAAAACGCAAACACAAUAAUAUUUAUUGAUUAAU